UUUUUCAAUUUUUUUCAUUUUUUUUUUGUUUUGUUAAAAGAAAAAAUGGGACGAGCUGAAGCUGAAAUUUUUGUUAAAGAACAAAUUGAUUCAAAUUUCAUUGUUGUAUUUUCAAAAACAUAUUGUCCAUAUUGUACAAUGGCAAAGAAAGCACUUGAUGAUGUCAACGCUACUUACACUGUUUUGGAGCUAGAAAACAGAGAUGAUUGUCAAGAUAUUCAAGAUGUACUGAUGGAUAUGACUGGUGCUCGUACUGUUCCUAGAGUAUUUAUAAACCGCAAGUUUAUUGGUGGAGGAACUGAUUUAAAAAUGCUGCAGGAAAAUGGGGAAUUGAAAGAACUUGUGAAAUCCUAAUUUAUAUUAAAACUAUUUUUAAUAAUAAAAUAAUUAUGAGAACAAAUACUUUAUCUAAA